UUUUCAUUUUUCUACGGACGUGGAGCGAUUUUGGCGUCGCGGGAGCCAGCGGUCUCGGAUCCUUUCAUGAGCAAACAUCGUCUCGGAGGCCGAGUAAAACUCUCUCAUAUAGAUAGAUAUAUGUGUACAGUGAUCGUGACGGGAUUCCAGUAGGUCGACGGUGCAUUGUACUCAAAAAGACAAAACCAACGCGCUUGCAUAGUUGUGGGCCAUCAACACUCAGUAUGAACAGAAUCGACGGUAUCAAUUGGCCCUGGAUGGUGACUCAAGAGUGCCUAGAUGCUAUGAAAUCUUACGAUGUCAGUGAGGAUGAUGUGUGGGUGGUUUCACAUCCAAAAUCAGGCACACAUUGGACAGCUGAGAUGGUCCAUAUGAUCCUCGCUGGCGGGCGCGAGGAAAACAUAAACCGCCCCGAGCAUUGGUCGCGUCCUCCCGAGUUUGACUACAGUCGGUCAGACAUGCCUCCGAUCUUCGAGAGGCGGACAUCGCCGCAUUACAAAGAAAUUCAAAAAUGGCCGGCCCCUCGAGUAAUCAUGACGCAUCUCACAGAAGAACGGAUGCCUUCACAAAUCUACCAGGGCAAGGGGAAAGUUGUGUUUGUCAUUCGCAAUCCAAAAGACGUAGCCGUAUCGAUGUGGCACUAUGUCAAACCUUGGAAGUUUGACCCGAACUUGGAAGACUGGGAUUACUUUUUCCAAAAGUAUCUGAAUGGAGAAACGGUGUACGGUUCGUGGUUUGAUCACAUUCUCGAUUUUUGGAACAAGCAUCGGCACGACAACAACUUCCUUUUCAUAAAAUAUGAGGAUAUGAAGCAGGACAUCAAGACGGCCGUGACUCAAAUCGCCCAUUUCUUGAACAAACCUCUCUCUGAAGAUGCUAUCAAUAACAUCUGUAAGUCUUGCAGUAUGGGUGACAUGAGUCAGCGAUUUCAAGGCAGGAGUACAGACGAAGAUCCGAGAGACGAACCUGCAAACAUAAGCGUUGGGCAGGUUUUCAGGAAAGGGAUCGUUGGCGACUGGAAGACAAAGUUCACCGUCGCCCAAAACGAGGCCUUGGAUGAAAUCUUUCGAGAGAAAAUGGCGGGAUCAGGACUGAAGAUACAAUUCGAGUAGAAUUCAAGAUAGCUGUUCCCAUGGUGUUAAUACAUGUAUUGUCAAAUACGACGAAUCAAAGACAAGGGCGGAUCCAGAACACACUUUUGUUGGGGGGAGGGAAAAAAACCCGUUGUUUCCCGAAAAAAAUGUAUUGCUUUUGUUGAGAUUUGUGGGUGGUGUACGCAGCGGCUGCCGUAUUUUGCAUCGUCACUUAAAAAAAAAAUUAAAAAAUGGGGGUGGGGUGGGGCGGGGUCAUGGCUCUCGUUGGCACCCCCCCCCCCAUCCGCCGUUAGACAGGGGCCAAAUACUUUCAAAUAUCUAACCAUUUUUGAUUACUUUUUAAUUUUUUAAUUGUAUACAUAUUCAUAUAGGGCCUACCUAUACAUUCAAUGCUUAUAACAUGGGGCUUUUACACACUUGCCUUUUACUGUCAGUGACAUGCAGUUGCGGAUCCAGAGGGGGUUGGGGGGUCGAACCCCUCCCCUGCUCUGACACAAUAAAGUGAAAAUAUUCUGCAGUGGUUAUGUAUCCGACGGGCCUGAAUCUGACGGACCUGAACCACUCCCGCUCCUCCCAGCCCCACCCCAGCAAAAGUUACUAUAGAUCCGCCUCUGACGUAAGUUGGUACAUUGAUGUGAAAUGUGAUAUCAACUUAUCACUAUUUUGACCCAAAUGAAGUUUCUGUAGGUCAUGUAGAAUGAAAGAAUGAAAUGGGGUAAGCAAUUAUUGUUGGAGGCCCCAGAAUGUGGGAAGGCCUGUGGGCCACGACCAAGAUCAGCUGAUGGCUCGUCCGUUCAUAAGUGGCAUUUUGACAUCUUGAAAAACGUCUGAUGAUGAAUAUAAAUGACCCGCCAAAAGCGUGGAACACAACAGACGACAGAGGCGGAACCAGACAGUUCUGCAGGGGGG